GUUGAGUACAAUUGAGUACAAAUUCUGGUGUUAUAUAAAGAAUAUCUAAAAAUAAUUGUCUAAUAAAUCAUUCAAAAUCCGAGUCUCCAAAGUGUCUCAACAUAUCAUUGCAUAGACAUAAUGACCAUCAAAAGGGAUCGGAGUUUGAGCACUGGUAGUAAGUAUCACUUACCACUGCCUACCGGUCCUUAUCCUAACAUAGGAUACAUGGAUCUGAUGACCGGAACAAAUAAAACGGAUGGCGUCUUAGUCCGCAUACUGUAUCCGAUGUCGGAUCAGACCAUUAAUAUCAAAGACAGGGUCAAUGAGUGGCCUCUUUGGACACCACAUGACAAGUACAGAACCGGUUACCUAAAGGUGGUGCGCAUCCCGAACCCACUGAUCCGAGUGGUCACCGCCUUGAGUCCCAAUGUAUUCAUACCUAUAUUAGAGGCCGUGGAUCCACUUCGUGGUGAUAACGACCGCCAGUUGCCAGUGAUUAUCUUCUCGCACGGCAUCGCCAGCUGUCGGACUACAUACUCAAGUGUUUGCACCGAAUUAGCCUCUUAUGGGUUCAUUGUUUUUGCGGUUGAGCACUGGGACGAGUCAGCCGUCACCACCUCCUACCCGUCCGACGACGGGUCCUUCAAAUGGAUUCCUUACAGACACGUCAAGCUAUUUCACAACGACUUACCCAUACGUCAGGAGCAGCUCGACCUAAGAGUGGCUGACAUCAAGAAGACCAUCGAUUUGUUAAAUGAUAUUCAAAACGGGAAUCAAAUCCAAAAUGUGUUACAAAGCGAGUUCAAGAUGGAGAAGCUCUCGGGAGUCCUGGAUCUCAACAAAAUCAUACUAAUGGGCCAUUCAUUUGGCUCAUCCACUGUCCUCAAGAGUCUAUUAUCGUUAGAUUGUGUCAAACUAGGCGUGUGUUUGGACGCCUGGAUGUAUCCCUUGCAGGGCAUAGACUUGAGUCUUGUCAAAAACCCCCUAAUGUUCAUAAAUAUGCAAACCUUUCAAAUCAAACCUAAUCUUAAAAUGAUGACCGAAUACAUAGGAAAGGGAGGCAUCAAUACGGAUGACAGGAAAGUGAUAACUAUAAAGGAUGCCAAACAUACGGAUCAAAGUGACAUUCCCUUCACUUUACCACAACCUAUGCUCUGGUUGUUUGGCAUGAAGUCAAAAGUGGAUCCAUUUGUAGCCCUUGACGUGACCACAGCCCUCGCCCUCGACUUCAUAACAGAUAAAUUGAAAUGAUUUGUGGAUCUGAUGACCGGAACCGAUAAGACCGAUGGUGUUUUAGUCCGCAUACUGUAUCCAAUGUCGGAUCAGACCAUUAAUAUCAAAGACAGGGUCAAUGAUUGGCCCCUUUGGACACCACAUGACAAGUACCAAAGAGGAUAUCUAAAAUUGGCUCAACUCCCGAACCCAUUGACGAGAUUGAUCAGGGCCUUUAUUCCCAAUAUAUUCAUCCCUAUAUUAGAGGCCGUAGAUCCACAUCGUAGUGAUGAUGACCACCAGUUCCCAGUGAUUAUCUUCUCGCACGGAAACGCCAGCUGUCGGACCACUUACUCCAGUGUUUGCACAGAAUUAGCCUCUUAUGGGUUCAUUGUUUUCGCGGUUGAACACCGGGACGAGUCUGCGGUCACCUCCUCCUACCCGUUCGGCGACGGAUCCUUCAAAUGGAUUCACUACAGACACGUCAAGCUAUACCACAACGACCUACCCAUACGUCAGGAACAACUGGAUCAGAGAGUGGGUGACAUUCAGAAGACAAUUGAUUUAUUACAUGACAUCCAAAAAGGAAAUAAAAUCCAAAAUGUGUUAAAAAGUGAGUUUCAGAUGGAGAAGCUCUCGGGACUUCUGAAUCUCAACAAAAUCAUACUAAUGGGCCACUCGUUCGGGUCGUCCACUGUCCUCAAGAGGAAUGGACUCGAGUCUUGUCCAACAGCCCCUACACUUCAUAAAUAUGCAAACCUUUCAAAUCCAAAGAAAUCUCAAAAUGAUGACCGAAUACAUAGGAAAUUAGACGCCUGGAUGUAUCCCUUGCAGGGAAUGGACUCGAGUCUUGUCCAACAGCCCCUACACUUCAUAAAUAUGCAAACCUUUCAAAUCCAAAGAAAUCUCAAAAUGAUGACCGAAUACAUAGGAAAGGGAGGCAUCAAUACGGAUGACAGGAAAGUGAUAACUAUAAAGGAUGCCAAACAUACGGAUCAAAGUGACAUUCCCUUCACUUUACCACAACCUUUGCUCUGGAUAUUUGGCAUGAAGUCAAAAGUGGAUCCAUUUUUGGUCAUCGAUGUGACCACAGCUCUCGCCCUCGACUUCAUUUCAGAUAAAUUGAAAAUAAAUCUCAAAACAGACAAAAAACAAUUUAUAGAAAAAUAUGUCAAUACAUUGAUUGAUGGAAUUGAUCCCAUUUGGUGGCAAUGAUUUCAUCUAGGACUAGUAG